AUGAUCUGCAAAGAAUGGGAGGGAAUGUUACCGUUGCACGCUGCUGCUCUCGUUGGAUCUGAAGAAGCUAUCCAAGUACUCCUUCUAGAUGGAACCGAUACAUUCUCCCUAUGUGCCACUGGACACACAUCAUUAUAUUACGCAUCUCAGAUGGGUCACGAAUCAAUCGUGAAGAUUGUUUUAACUAAGGGGUCUAUCUUCAAGCCCCUGCAUUCUCAAAAGAGACCGGAGGGUUAUGAGGAAAACGCCUUGAAUGCAGCCAUGGAAUAUGAGGAACUUCCGGUGGUAGCGUGCUUAUUGGAGCUUCAGCUCAGCUCAAAUUUGGUCAAUGCCAGGGGGCGGCUAGGGCAAACUGCUACACAUAGCGGCCGAAACAGACAAUAUCCCCCUCUUGAAAUCCCUGAUAUAUAA